AUGAAAUUUAGAGAUUAUUUAAAAGAUAAUAAAGUUAGUCAUUGGAGAGAUAAAUAUAUAGAUUAUGAAUAUUUAAAAAAUUUAAUAGACAAUGAAUAUAUAAAUGCUGAAAUAUUAAAUAGUGCAAUAAUUGAUUUACCAUUAUCCCCAGAAGAACAAAAUAAUAUAAAUAAAAAUAAUAAUAAUAAUAAUAAUAAUAAUAAUAAUAAUAAUAAUAAUAAUAAUAAUAAUAAUAAUAUAAAUAAUAAUAAUAAUAAUAAUAAUACAUUAAAAGAUGGUGAACAAACAAAUUCAAAUAAUAUUUCAAUACCAAAUCAAAUGGCUCCACAAGAAAGUUCUGGUGAAGAUGAAGAUGAUGAAAAUGAAAAUGGUAAUGGUGUUGUUGGUGAUGAAGAUGGUGGUGAUGAUGAUGAGAUUGAAAUGGAUGAAUUGGUUAUUGAUGAUAAUGGUGAGAUUAUAAAUAUAACAGCAACAGCUGGUAGUAGAGUUAAAGUUAAAAAAGGAAUUAAUAAAGGUGUUAAAAGAUUGAAAAAAAUAGCCAAAAAUACAAAUAAUAGAUUAAGUAGAAUGGUAUCACGUUCACCAAAAAACAAAGGUCUCGGUAGUAGUAGUGAGAUUGAAGGUGACGAAUUUCAAUUGGAUGGUGGUGGUAUUUCAUCUCAAAUUGAAAUGGUUGCAAGUAAUAAUAUUACAGGUGCUACUGUAUUCGUUCCACAAGAAACUUUUCAAGACGGUUUCAUUGAUCAAGUAAAUAAAGUGGAUAUAUUCUUUGUUGACCGUUAUAGAAAGACUAAAUUCAAAUGUGUCGAUCUGGUUGGUAUGAUUCCAUUUUUAUCAGAUAAUGAACAACUAAGAACCAUAAGAAAUAUUGAUUAUGUUAAACAAGGUUUCCAUGAUAACUACCAUUAUUUGGAAUCAUUAGAAUCUUAUAAAAAUUUGAAUUUGGAUGGUUUCUAUAAGAUAUUGGAUAAAUAUGAAAAAAUAAAUCCAAGAAUUGCCAAAGAGUGUAGAAAAUAUUUAGAAAAUACAAGAUUAACCUCUACCAAUAGUCCAGUUAGAGAGUUAUCAAGAAGAAUUAAACAAAUUUACGCUCGUUAUUUCACUGGUAAUGAUAUUAAAUUGGCAAAUAAUCAAAUUAGAACCAAUAAACAAGUUAAUCAAUUUCAAAAUUAUAUUAUUGGUUUCUUAAUUGGUGCAAGUGCUAUUUUAAUUGCUCAAGUAAUUUUCAAAUUUUAUUAUUAUUUCCCAGAUGUUGCUGAUUCUCCCAAAAAUUCUCCAAUGGCUUGGUUGCUAUUCCGUAUUUCCUCUUUACCAAUUAUUCUCGGUACUUUAUUUGCUUUGAUGACUAAACUAUGGGAGAAAGCUGGUAUUAAUUAUGUAUUUAUUUUUGAACUAAAACCUGAUAUUAAAAGAUCUUCAUCAAGAUAUUUAAUGUAUGGUAUGAUUUUUGUAACAAUGUGGCUAGUGGUUUUCAAUGUUUAUGUUGAUUCAAUUUCAAAUAAAACUGGUAGUCCAGAAACUUCUCGUUACUUACUUUUAAUUCCAUUGUUAUUUAUCUUGGGUUCAAUUUUCUUUUUAAUUCUACCAUUUAAAGUAUUGGCUCAUCGUACUAGAUUUUGGGUUUUACAUAAAAUGUCUAAAGUUGUUCAAGCCCCAUUCGUUCCAGUUAGAUUCCCAGAUUUCUUUAUGUCUGUACAAUUAUUAUGUUUGGGUGAAUUUUUAUUCAAUAUGCAACAAAUAGUCUGUAUGUUUAAAUUUAAUGAUCCACUUUAUUCUCCAUCUGGUGUUUGUUUUAAACAUAAAGCUGUAAUCUUCCCAAUUUUAAGUGUUUUACCAUUCUACUGGCGUGUUAUGCAAUGUGUACGUCGUUUCUGGGAAACUGGUCAAUUCUUCCCACAUAUAACUAGUGCUAUUAGAUCUACAUUUUCAAUUGUUACUAAUAUUCUUUUAUGGGUUGCAAAUAAUUAUGGUAAUAAGGAAUGGAGUUGGAUUAAAAUCUUAUGGUUUAUCAUCAAUGUCGUUGGUACAGUUUAUAAACUUUAUGCUGAUUUUACUGUUGAUUGGGGUUUAUUUUUAAAUUAUAAAACUAAUAAACAAUGGCCAUUAAGAGAAAAAAUGGUAUUUAAAAGAAAAUGGGUUUAUUAUGUUGCAAUGUCAUUUGAUACAUUCUUUAGAUUUGUAUGGUUAAUUGUUUUUUCAAUUAGACAAGGUACAUCAUAUAAAUUAGAUCAUCCAUUGUUUUUAUUCUGGUUUUCAUUGUCUGAAAUUGCAUGGGCUGCUCAAUUCAUUUUCUUCCGUGUUGAAAGUGAACAUGUUCAAUGUGCUGAUACCUAUAGUCAUUUCAAGGAUAUUCCACUCCCAUUCAGUCAAGAUUACAAGAACUAUAUGGAAGAAAAGAAAUCAAGAUAUGAUGAAAAGAAACCACAUCAUCAUCACCAUCACGAUAAUAAUAAUAAUGAAACCAAAGAUGGUAGUGGUGGUACACAUCACCGUCGUAAUCUUAGUAAUGGUCACCAUCCAUAUGAUGACGAUGAUGAUGAUGAAUCAAUUGAUUCAGAUGCUGAUAGUAAAGAUUUAAAUUUAGAAUCAAAUUCUGAAUUUGUUGAUGAUGAAGGUUAUAAUCAAAGAAAGAAUUCAAUCAUCUCUUCAAUUAAGAAAAUUGCUUCAACUCAAGAAUUAAACUCAAUGAAUAGAAUUAGUUCUCAUCCAGAUUUAUAUUCUACAAUGCAAAGAUUCGCCGGACACGUUCCAGAUUCAAAUAGUUCAAUGCCAAGAAUGUAUUCACAUCCAGAUUUUAAUCAUCCAAUUCCAAGAGUUUUAACAUCUCAUGUUGAAGUUAAUCCAUCAACAUUAAGAACAGUUCCACAACAUAGAUUAAAUAAUAUUCCAAAUCAAAGAAUUAUCUCCCAUGCUGAUAUAAAUCCACAACAUUUAAGAGUUGGUUCACCACGUGUUGAAUUUAAUUCAACAGUUCAACAAAGAAGUCCACACGGUGAAAUUCAAUCUUCAAUGAUUAGAAAUCAUAGUAGAGCUGAUUUAAAUUCUUCAAUGCAAAGAAUUCAAUCACAUCCAGAACUAAACUCUUCAAAUAGAAAUCAAGUUGACCCAAAUUCUCCAAUGAAUAGACUUAUAACUCGUGCUGAUUUAAAUAAAAGUAGAUAA